AUGGGCGACAUCGGCGGCGCCAGCGCGCGACUGGUGGAGGCGGGCAGGCCGCUGCCCGACGAAGCUGUGGCGGACUUCUUGUCCCGCUUUCCGCUGGGCGUCUGCAUCAGUGCGAUUGGUUCUGGUGAUCUUGCGGGCGAUGACCUGGAAAUCCUCUGCAAGGCUCUUGAGAUGGUUUUCGAAACGGGUCACGGCAUGUCACUGUUGUCUGCAACUCCUGGAUACGUGGCAAAGGCUCUGACAGCAAGUCACAGUGCAAUCCGCCGGCUGGGAGCAAGGCAGAUUGUUAGGAUAAUGGGCGUGGACCUGGAUGCUCAGACAGCCCAACGACUGGCAGAAGCAUUGCUUGUUGCGAUUCAGGAUGAUGACAUGGAGGUUGCAUCUGCCUCAGCCCUUGGGUUCAGAGAGCUGUUUUCAAAGUGGCAAAGCGCUCUGUUUCAGAGUGGAUCAACUUCCAGUCAGUUGAGGGAAAUUGUCUCUUCACACAGCGAUGUUGUUCGAAUCAGGGCAUUGGAACUAGUGCUGAUGAUCGCAGGCCAGUCUCAAGAGGGGCAGCAAGUGGUGGACUCUGCUGGUUUCCUUGAUCCACUGCUGGCAGAGCUUGACCACUACGAUGAUCCACUUUCCUGCCUGGCUGCCUGGAGUUUGUUUCAGGAAUUGGCAGGCAACAGGCAGGGCGCUGUGGUGAGCCCUGCGUUCUGGAGCAGUGUGUUGCAGGCAAUAGGUCCUCGUUUUGUGCGACUGCUGCAUGACAGCAGGGACACUGUACUCAUAACUGGGGCAAUCCGCGUGGCAGGGCAUGUCCUGGGACUGGCUGCAGAGGCAGGGGAAGCAUUGUGCUCUGCAUUUUUGCAAGAGGCAAUGACCAUCUUGGAGAGGGACGACUCAGAUGUGGAGUUGGCAUCCACAGUGUUUGAUGCUAUUGGACAGCUGGGAGUGCGGCGGCCUGGCGCUGAGAUUGUUGUGGCAAAUGCAUGUGGUGUGCUGGCCCUUGUGUUGGACACCGCUCUGUCACCAAGGACCCCAAAGCAAGUCAGGAUCUCUGCCCUGCAUGCCCUGGCUACCAUCGUGGGAGCAGAGCGCAUAAAAGCUGGAGAUCAGCAAGAGACCGCCCUCCUAUCUGCUGAGUGUGAACAGCAGCUGGAGGUGAGCAUCCAUGGUGCUGCUGCAGCUAUCGGCAGGGUCGCUUCUCCAGGUGAAGUUUUCUGGGAUCUCCUGCAGCCGCCAAUUGUGGAGGUUCGGCUUCCCUUGUACCGUUUAUUGUCAUCCCUUGCGAUACGGGAAUGGUGCGCCAGCUUCAUCUGCAUCCAUCAACCACUAUUGAACCACAUAACGACGCCAGGCAGCGAAGUGGAGAGGGAGGCCUGUGAAUGGAGGCACACAUGUGUCACCGCAUUGGUGGCGACAGCACGAAGAGCGUGCGCUGAGACGAUGGCAACUGAGAAUGUCAACGCCGUCCAACAGCCGUCGCUGGUGGCAGCACUACCUCUACUGGAGGCUGCGUUGGUGGCAGGGGUGUUUGGAAGUGUGGCAGCAGAGCGCGGAAUGCACGAAACACACUUAAUCGCAACAAGAUCACGAUGA